AUGGCUCCCACAAAGAAGGGUGGAGAGAAGGGCCAUUCCGCCAUCAAUAAAGUGUUGACCAGGGAGUACAACAUCAACAUUUACAAGUGCAUCCAAGGAGUGGACUUCAAGAAAUGUGCCUCCAGGGAAUUCAAAGAGAUCUGGAAAUUUGCCAUGGAGGAGGCAGGAAUGCCGGAUAGGUACACUGCCACCAGGCUCAACAAAGAUAUCUGGGCCAAAGGAAUAAGGAAUGUUCCACACCAUAUCCAUGUGUGGUUGUCCAGAAAAUGUAACGGGGAUGAAGAUUCACCAAACAAGCUCUAUACAAUGGUUACCUGUGUACCUGUCACCACUUUCAAAAACCCACAGACAGUCAUGUGGAUUACUGGAGUCCUUUGUAACAGUGAGAGCAAGCUGGAGAAAGAAAGCCAUAGGGACCAGCCAGAAGCUGGAGUCAACAAUCUGGAAAAAAUAGAAGAUAUUACCAUGUACACUGCCACAUGA